ACCCCUAACUAGUGCACCCCUAACUAGUGCACGAGGAGGCGUUUGGUAUUGAAUCUAAGUGAAAUCAUAGGAAAGGGCGUGAUGAGACUGACGCGUAUUACGUGGCAGCUGGAGCAGAGCUGCCAAAUCGCCCUGCACAAAAACACACACAUCUUCACGGGUGUUGCCUCUUUUGGUGCUAAUCUACAGUAAAAAAUAUAUAUAUCUAAUCAAGAUGGAAGUAAACACAUGCAACAUUCAAGUUCUUCUGCAAGCUGCUGAAUACUUGGAAAGAAGAGAAAGAGAAGCUGAGCAUGGCUACGCUUCGGUCCUUCCAUUUUACAGUAAAACGACAGAAAAGAGAAGCAAAGUGAAAACUAAAAAGAAUUCAGCUGGGAACAGCAGGUCAGUACAUAAUGAACUGGAAAAGCACAGACGAGCUCAGUUGCGCCACUGCUUGGAGCAGCUGAAACAGCAGGUCCCACUGUCCUCAGACUCUACAAGGAACACCACUUUGAACUUGCUUAGGCGGGCACAGAUGCACAUAAAGAAGUUGAAGGAGCAGGAUGAGCGGGCUGAGUUAUUGAAGGACCGGCUGCGCUGGGAGCAGCAGGAGCUGCGUAUGCGUCUGCAGCAGCUGCAGGGUAGCACAGAGAGGAUGCGUAACGACAGCCUGGGCUCGGCCGUGUCCUCCGAAAGAUCCGAUUCGGACAGAGAGGAUGUGGAGAUUGAUGUUGAGAGCAUGGUGUGGACUUUGGACCCUGACAGUCUGGGCUUGACACACACCGACGCAGAUCAUAGUUACUCUACUUCCGAUCGUGCCUGGUUAUGACGACUACAAGACUGCUAUUAAUUAUUUCUGAAACAUUCCAAAAACUGUAUUACAAGGUUGAAGAAAAACAAGGCCUCAAACCAAAAAUAUGACCGCUUGCCACAGAAACACUGCUGCCAUUGUAUAGCCAUCAGACUCAGGCUGUUUGCAAGCAUUACUGGAUUUUUGGUAAUAUAUGAUAUUUUUAUGACGUGGUGCUAUAGAUACGCAGUGAUUAACGGAGGUCUGACAGUUUGGUCAUGUAUUUUGUUCUUAAUGUCCUUGUCAUUCUUCUUUAAGCUAAUUGGCUCUGUGUCAGGGUCAUUCUGCAGUAUAUACUUGCUUGCACUUAGACCUUUCACUUAUUUAACAAAUGUUGCUCUCUAAUUUUGAUAUGUUGCACAAAGCAGCUGCAUCAGCACUUAACUUCACAUCAUUCAUACUUAGAACGUUCGUUCUUGGAUUUCUUAUUUUCAUGUCAACAAUGCAGAUCGUGUCCAUAUCAGUGUUUUUAAAGCUUUUCUCUUUUUGAAAGAUCAACAGCACUCAUGGAGGUGUAUUCUGUGCAGCCAGUGGAAAAAAAACCUCUUUUCACUUGUUUCUAAUAAACAAUCUUGUUUGCCAAGUUAAAUUCAAAUUCUAAUAAUAGCUAACACUUAAAAUUAAUAUAGAUGGAUAUAAAGGUAAUGGACGACUUUAUCCAAUAACGGCAUUGAUUUAAAUUAAAUUUUGUAUUGAUCAGCUGGCAUGAUCUUAUUUGUCUUAACGGCAACUUCCUUCAUUUUGCAGUGGCAUGUUUAAGUCGGGUAUUUCAUACUGUGAUUUGUACAUGUGUUUACUGAAAGUGGUUCAUGCCUUACAAUAAUGAACAAGAUACUUUUUUUUCCUGCACUAAUAGUUGUUAGUUAAGCUAAUUUUAGGUGCCAGAUCAGUUUUCCUCAAAUAAUUCCAGAAACAAUGUAUUUUUAGAUGAAACUGUAGAUUAAUAGUAAGCAUUUCCCCCCUAUGUUCCUACCAACGUAGUUGCUAGGCUUCACCUGGAAGGUGCAUCUAUACUUAGGACUUUUUUAAUCUGUGUAUGUACAGCAAAACAUGUUGAAAUAUCAGCAAUCCGGCUGAAUCUGGCAUUUAUGCAAUUAAUUAAUGUUCAGUUAUUCAGUGUAAAUGUACACAGCUAAAUAGUACACUGUAUAUGUGAUUGUGAACACCAAAAGCCUUAUGACCUUUUUGUAUGACUUUGGAUCGCCAUCACUUUUGUAUUUAUCUGCCCUCUGUGUAUUCGUAUGUAGCAUUUUCUUACCAAUGUAAACCUUUUGUACAAAUAAAUAUUUUAUGUAUUUAACUUGA